AUGGCCGACUCGGGCUCGCAAAGCAGCCUCCCAGAGCCAGAGCCGGAGAAGAAGGAGGAGAAUGAGAAAGGGGAAAAGGAGACCGAGGGGCAGGAGGAAGAAGAGGAGGAGGAAGAGGAGGGAGAAGGGGAGGGGGAGGGGGAGGGAGACGGGGAGGGGGAGGAGGAAGAAGAGGAAGAGGCGGGGGGUAAGGAGGAACAGGAGGAGACGGAAGCCCUGGACACAUUGGACAAUGAGAAUUUCUGGAAGUUCUUGGCCGAGGGUGAUGGCGAAGAAGACGACGAGCAGAUAUUCUUCCCCCGUUUGGCCAGUGUCAUCAGCCCCAGCCUGAGCACGACGCCGACACUCAGCGAGGCGGCUAGUGGUUCGCAGAGCCUGAGCGAGAGCGCGAGCGAGAGCCCACACUCGGCCACCUCCUCCCAAAAAAGUUUUCCUAAAAUAUUUCAAACGUAUAGAAAAGAAAUGCCCAAAAUGAAUAGAGAUAGGAAUGUCUAUCAAAAUUUAUAUCCAGGAAUUCAAACAUCAGUACAAACAGAAGAAAGUUGGCUUCAAGAACUCAACAAGAAGUUAUAUAGCAACAAAAGAGGUUCUCUGGAGAAAGAUGAACCUAAAAGUGUAGCUUCUGAAAUAAGAGGGAAAUGGGUAAUUAAUCCAGAAGAGUCAAAAUUAAGUAUUUUAUGUCAGCUGGAGUUUAGGGAAGACUUCAUAAAACUGUUUGAGCCUUCUCUGAGAACUUUACCCAGCAUCGGGCCACCAGCCAUUCUAUCGUACAAACCAGAGAUUUCCAAUUUAAAUAUUAAAUUCAAGGAUGAAGAGAAGGAGAUAUCAGCAAAGUGUGAAUUUUGUGGGCAAGAUUUAAGAAAUUUUCUUUCUGGUGUGGAUAUUUCUGCCGACUACAGUAUUUAUGAACUAACAAAUCAUACUACCUGUUGUACUGAUUUCCAAAAUCUGAUUGAAUAUAUCUCUGAGGAAGAACGCAAAAUCAAAAGCACUAAAGCUGAUUUGAUUUGUAUUCAUCCACAUGCAGCCCAUGGAAAUGAAGUUGACAGACUCAAAGCCAAGGAAAAAGCACUGCACAGAAAACAGGAGCGACAAAUGGCCAAACAUCUUGCGAUACUAACAAAUGAACAUUCUAAUUUCACUGAAGAAGAUUCAAGGCACUUAAAAACUAUUUCUUAUCAACUUUCUGCGGAUGUUCCAGUAAAAGAUUCAACUCAUGACACAAUAUUUGAUAUCCUAUUGGAAAACACUAAUAUACGCAUUCUGUGUCGUGAUUCUGGGAUAGCAGGUGGAAAGAUCAUGACCAAUGAAUUCUUAGAGAAGCAGUACAAACACGGGAGCCAGUUUCUGAUGUCAUUUCCAGAUGGGGCAACACAAAUAUUCUAUCCAUCUGGAAACUUAGCUAUCACGCGAGUGCCCAACAAGAUAAAUGGUUUCACUUGCAUAGUCCAAGAAGACAUGCCCACUAACCCUGCAAUCCUGGCAGUGCUGAAUUCUUCUGGCAGAAGUUCCUGUUAUCAUCCCAAUGGAAAUGUCUCGGUAUACAUCAAUAUCUUGGGAGGUCAAUCUUCAGAUCAAGCAGGCAACAGAAUAAGGGCUUGGAAUUGGUCAAGUUCUGUCGCUUCCUCAUCCUUUGUUUCAUUUAAGCCCAUUUUUCUGGCGCUGAAUCAUUAUGUUGGAGUUCGCAUCUUAGAACAAGACAAAAUUUCAAUCACUUUUCUAGCAAUGGGUCAACAGGCAAGAAUCAAUGUUGGAGCCAAAGUGAAGAUACCAAACCCUCAGGAGAUUCCAGUACUCCGGCACCUGGGCGCGGAUGACCUUCUCCUGCUGGCUUGUUUAAUAAAGAUCCGACACCUGUUUCAUAAGCUAGAAGGAUGUGUGAAGUUUCCUUCAAGCCAGGUUUCGGGAAAACUAAAGCAACCUUCCUAUCUUUCUUCACUUUCUCUAAAACUGAUUGCCCUCUGUCACAAUGCUGGUGUAACACAAGAUAUAAUUAAAACAAUAACAGCUAUAAUAAAUGAAAACAUUUAA